UGUCAACGAAAUAAAAACGGAGAAAGUAUGUAAUUGCAAUUUCUCCUCGGAAAUUAAGAUAACCAUCAACUCAGUGUCAGUUGCUUCCCUCAUCAUUUUCCUCUUUCAAAAAAAAAAAAAAAAAAAAAAACAGAGCAUUUCUUUUUUAAUAAAAAUACAAAAAACUUCCUCUUCAGUGAGCUCCAUUAAAGUGGCCCCUCAAAAGUUUCAAGACUCUAAUUAUUCUAAGCUCCAUAAGGAUUAAUGAUGCAGAAAAUAUAAAAAAAUAGCUGGGAGCAAUGAAGAAAAGGAGAAGAGAAGAAGGGAGUAAUAAAGAUAAAAAUUUUAAGAAGAUAAAUCCCAAGAAGUUCUUUAAAAUUAUCCUCCCUAAAAUUCUUCAAUCCAAAACCCUGAGUAUUCCUGAUGCAUUUGCAAAGGAGUUUAACCUUCAGCUUCCAACAAAUGCAAGACUCACAAUCCGAACCGGUCUUUCGUGGAAGAUUGCACUCGAACAAGUUGAUAACAAGCUCUGCUUUACUAAAGGAUGGGCAAAUUUUAUGGAACAAAAUGCUGUAGAAUAUGGUUACUUCCUGGAGUUCGAGUAUCAAGGAAAUAAGCGUUUCAAAGUUUACAUAUUCGAUUUAUCUUGUAGUGAGAUUGACUAUCCUACAAAAUAUGAUCAAUAUGCCAAGCAGAAGUUUCCUCAGAAUGUCAAGGAAAAGGUUGUAGAGGACGACGAAGAUGAAGCAGAAAAGGAUAUACACAGGGGUGGCAAAGUAUUGGAGCGUAACAGCAACAGACCCUCCUUCACCAUUACAGUGCAACAAUCUCAUAUCUCGAUCAAGGGCAAGUACUGCUAUAUGCAAUUUCCCCGGGGGUUUAGUAGCCAACACAUGGAGAAGUCGUACGAAUCUAUCAUGUUACAAACGGGGGAUGGAAGGGAGUGGCAUGUAGCAUGCUACGUUUAUAAGCAAUUGAUUCGUUUACAUGGAAAAUCUUGGAGGAAAUUCAUGAAAGAAAACCAUUGGGAUGAACAUAAAGGAGAGGAGUACACAUUCGUGUUGGUGGACAAGAAAAGUAGUAGUGUUACGUUUAAAGUGAUUAAAGAAUAGAUUACUUUGUCUAAUCUUAUGCUAGCUUAUACAUUUUGAUCAUAGUUCGAUGUUUGUAAUAUAUGAAGUAGCUAGUAUUAUUACUAUACCCUUGCUA